AUGAAAAUCGCAGCAACAUUAUUGCACUGCCUCACGGCUGGUGCUCAGGCCGCGUCUUACUUCCCACGAGGUAGCCACGAGGUCAAUGUGCAAAGUCAACUCGCACCUCUUCUGUCUGAAGAUGCGGUAAUCACCUUUCCUUCCUCUCCGGACUGGGACGGACUGGUCGAGAGGGCUUCGACGCCUCGCGUGGCUCCCGGCUUUCUCGCCGUUGUUGAAGUUGCUACAGAGGAAGACGUUCAGCAGACGAUCAAGGUUGCCAACAAGCUCAAUUUACCUUUCCUGGCCGUCACUGGCACUCACAGUUGGACGACGGCCAUGGAAAAGCUCAAGCAUGGGAUUCAGAUCAACAUGCGCAAGCUAAACUCGUCAACUCUUCAUGAGGACGGCGAAAGCGCAACAGUCGGUGGCGGCAUCAUGCAGCAUGAAAUCGUUGCAGCUUUGGCAGAACACGGGAAGCAAGCCGUCGUUGGCCUUUGCGAGUGCGUAUCGGCUGUAGGGCCUCUGCUUGGUGGUGGUCACAGUCUGCUGCAAGCCAAAUACGGUUUCGCAGCCGAUAACAUUCUCUCCGCCCGAGUUGUGCUCGCAGAUGGCUCCGUAGUGACGGCGUCCGAGUCUGAGAACGCCGAUCUCUUCUGGGCCUUGCGAGGGGCAGGCCACAACUUUGGUAUUGUCACGAGCUUCGAGGUUAAGACGACCAAUGUGGCCGAGGGGGGAUGGACGAUGGUGACUUUCACCUUCAGUCAGGACAGGCUGGAGGAGUUCUUUGACACGUGGAAUCAGCUCGAAGUCGAGCAUGAGGAUCCGGGCAUGCUUGUUCUCAAUGGCGUAAUAGCCCGUGAUCCGUCAAUUGAUAGGGAACAUCCUGUCAUCAAUCUUCAGAUCUUCCACGACGAUGCACCAACGUCCGUCGACGCCUACGUUGCAGCCUUCCGUGAGCUGUCGCCUCUUGCUGAAUCAAACACAAUCAACGUCCCAUACGGCGACAUCUACGACGUCGGCGGCUUAGGGCUGUCAAGUCCAGUCUGUCGCAAAAACGAAAACCUUCUGGGCUACCCCAACUCGUUCCCGCAAUGGGACGGCGCAACGAUCAGGCGAGGAUUCAACAUCUUCUCCGAGUUGACGUCUAGGGAACCCUUCACAACGUCUGCUUGGCUCCUGGAAUCGUACGGACGUGCAGGACCGCAGUCUAUACCAGAGGGGACAACCGCCGUGGCGCCAGAGGAGCGUCGUCGCCACCUGUUGACAUCCCCCAUGCUCUGGUGGAAAGGCAACAGCGAGAAGGAUGCAGAGACGGCUCUCAAAGUCGGCAAGCAGAUUCAAGAAGCCAUCCGUCCAAAGGACUUCCAGCCUCACACGUAUGUCAACUAUGCCUCGGGCGGUGAACCAGUCAAGGAGACGUAUGGUCACGAGGCUUGCAGGAUGGAGAAGCUCACAACGCUGAAGAAGAAAUGGGAUCCCAGCAACCGCUUUGGGUUUUAUGCUCCCCUUGUGUGA